AUCUCAGUGGACUCUUUAUCUCGAGUAACAGAUGAUUUUUCCAGUCUACUGGUCACGAAAAAUUCGCUCAUAGCAGCAAAGAAUAGGCUCAGCAGCCGUGUUGCGUUAUGCAGCAGCCUGGUCGCCUGCUGCCCUGCUGCCCUCCCCCCAUCCCUCCCCAUAUGCAUUGCGUCGAUCGAUAGUGUGUUUUAUGAUCGACCAUCCCUCAGCUUGCUUGCUUGCUCCAUAUUUAAAUCUCCACGCGUACCCUCCUCACCUGGUUGAUUGAAUACUCGGCCGACGUACAUAUAGAUCCCGAGGCCCUGACGACUCUCCCGAACGCCGCGAUGCGCAAGCGGACAUACUCUCUCCCUCGAUGAGAAGACACCAUAGAUUCGAGAUAUAAAAGCACUAGAAAUGACCCGGUAGCUGUGAUCACGGCUAUCACCUGUCACACACUAUAUAUAUCAAGAUGAUCGCCUCUCAGCUUAGCAAUAUUCUAUACCUUCUCACCGCAUCCACUCUGACCCUGGGUGCCUCCAUUCCAUCAUCCCAACCGACGAAGCCAACCGUCUACCUGAUCCGUCAUGGGGAGAAGCCCCCGGAUCCCAGCGACAGCGGUCUUAACGCCGACGGCUUCAAGCGCGCAGAAUGUCUCCGUUCCGUCUUUGGCGCCGACUCGCCAUAUGAUAUCGGAUAUAUAAUGGCACCACAUAUCAACUCUCUCGACCAACACCGUCGCUCCUACGAAACCGUCCUCCCCCUCGCCCACGACCUGUCUCUGCCGAUCGACACCUCCUGCAAGCGCAAUGACGCGAAGUGCGUGGCGCGAAAAAUUCGUCACUAUCGGGGCCCCGGCAAUAUCCUGAUUUCAUGGCGGCAUGGAAAGAUGGCGAAUAUCGUCAGCGCCUUGGGCUCGGAUGACCCACCUGUUUAUCCCGAGGAGCGGUUCGAUUUGAUUUGGACUAUUCCUUGGCCGUUUGAUAACAUUACCUCGAUUGAGAGUGAGAAUUGUGUUGGUUUAGAUGAUAAGGGAUUCGACUCGGCAUUCUUGGAGCUUUAGAGGCUGGUAGUGUCGAGG